AAAAGUAUAAACGAGAACGGAGAUGUUUGUGAAUUGUGAAUUUUCUUGGCGAUAAUCUCUGGAGCAUUUAAUUGAACUUAGAUUUUAUAUUUUGAUUUUAUAAAUACUUCCUUAAAUAGUGAUAAGAUUAUAAUACUUUCUCUAUCUGUCCAUUAAUGCGUUGUAUAAUUUCGGCAAACACAAAUUCGGGCGUCGACCGGUCCAUCCCUCCUCCGUAAACCGUUGCUGUCAUUCGGUCUGCUCACUGCUGUCUGUAAAGUCGUCAUUUUAUACGUGUCGUGCGGUUACGGCGCACGGAUAAAGCUGUUUCGAACAACGCGUGUGUAGUGUCGGUCAGCGCGACCGUUUAAUGUGGUAUACAGUGCCGAUAUCAGGUUAUCGUAAGGGUCGCGCGGCGUGAUCGGGCGCGAUGGUGGAUAUGGAUAGAAACGACCCGGAGCUCCGGUACCUGUCGGUGGAUCGGAACAGUUUCAAUGACCCGGCAACACAGGCAGAAUGGACCCAAAAGCGGCUUGUAUGGGUUCCGCAUGAAACCCAAGGAUUUGUGGCCGCAGGGAUCAAAGGCGAUCGCGGAGAUGAAGUGGAAGUGGAAAUCGCGGAGUCCGGGAAGCGAAUUCUGGUGCCAAUUGAUGAUAUCCAGAAGAUGAAUCCUCCUAAAUUUGACAAAGUUGAGGAUAUGGCUGAGCUAACAUGCCUCAAUGAAGCAUCGGUGCUGCAUAACAUCAAGGACAGAUACUACUCAGGACUUAUAUAUACAUACUCGGGGCUCUUCUGCGUGGUGGUCAACCCGUACAAGAAGCUCCCGAUCUACACCGAGAAGAUUAUGGAGAGAUACAAAGGCAUCAAGAGGCAUGAAGUCCCGCCACAUGUAUUUGCAAUCACUGACACAGCGUACCGCUCUAUGCUUCAAGAUCGUGAAGAUCAGUCAAUUCUGUGUACGGGAGAAUCAGGUGCCGGUAAGACAGAGAAUACAAAAAAGGUUAUCCAGUACCUUGCGUAUGUCGCCGCUUCUAAACCCAAAGGAUCUGGAGCGGUCCCGACGCCACAGUUGAUAAUAGGUGAAUUAGAGCAACAGUUACUACAGGCCAACCCUAUACUGGAAGCCUUCGGUAACGCCAAAACAGUAAAAAACGAUAACUCAUCACGUUUUGGUAAAUUCAUUAGAAUUAACUUUGACGCGUCAGGGUUUAUCGCUGGAGCGAAUAUAGAAACGUAUUUAUUAGAGAAAUCAAGAGCGAUCAGACAAGCGAAAGACGAAAGAACAUUCCAUAUAUUCUAUCAGCUCCUAUCUGGAGCCACUCCCGAGCAGCGAGCUGAAUAUAUCCUAGAAGACCCCAAAAGCUACUUUUUCCUAACAAAUGGAGCUCUGCCCGUACCGGGUAUCGACGAUGCGGCCGAGUUCCAGGCGACCAUUAAGUCCAUGAACAUUAUGGGAAUGAACAUGGAGGACUUCAAUUCGAUAUUUAGAAUAGUUUCGGCCGUUCUUCUUUUCGGUUCAAUGCAAUUCAAGCAAGAAAGAAACUCAGAUCAAGCCACACUUCCAGAUAACACUGUUGCGCAAAAGAUUGCACAUUUGCUUGGUUUAUCCGUCACGGAUAUGACAAAAGCUUUCCUGAAACCAAGGAUCAAAGUCGGCCGCGAUUUUGUGACGAAAGCUCAGACAAAGGAACAGGUGGAAUUUUCUGUUGAGGCCAUUAGUAAGGCGUGCUACGAAAGACUGUUUAGAUGGCUGGUCAAUAGAAUAAACAGAUCUCUCGACAGGACGAAAAGACAAGGAGCCUCCUUCAUCGGCAUCCUCGAUAUGGCUGGUUUUGAAAUUUUCGAGCUAAACUCGUUUGAACAGCUGUGCAUCAACUACACAAAUGAAAAGCUACAACAGCUCUUCAACCACACGAUGUUCAUCUUGGAACAGGAAGAGUACCAGAGAGAAGGUAUUGAAUGGAAAUUCAUCGACUUUGGGCUCGAUUUGCAGCCCACAAUUGACCUGAUCGAUAAGCCCAUGGGAAUAAUGGCUCUUCUGGACGAAGAGUGUUGGUUCCCGAAAGCGACUGACAAGACGUUCGUCGAGAAAUUGGUUUCUGCUCACUCGGUGCACCCGAAAUUUAUGAAGACCGAUUUCCGUGGCGUCGCAGACUUUGCGAUCAUUCACUAUGCUGGCAAAGUCGAUUAUUCAGCGACAAAAUGGUUGAUGAAGAACAUGGAUCCUUUGAACGAAAACGUCGUUUCCCUGUUGCAAGCGUCACAAGAUCCAUUCGUGUGCCACAUUUGGAAGGACGCUGAAAUAGUGGGCAUGGCGCAGCAAGCCAUGACUGACACACAAUUCGGUGCUAGAACGAGAAAGGGAAUGUUCAGAACGGUUUCCCAGUUGUACAAGGAGCAACUGACAAAACUUAUGGCCACCCUGCGAAACACCAACCCCAACUUCGUCAGAUGUAUCAUACCGAAUCACGAGAAGAAAGCCGGCAAAAUCGAAGCGCCACUGGUUCUCGACCAGCUCAGGUGCAACGGUGUGUUGGAGGGGAUUAGAAUUUGCAGACAGGGCUUCCCUAACAGAAUACCAUUCCAGGAAUUCCGUCAGCGAUACGAACUUCUGACCCCGAACAUCAUUCCCAAGGGCUUCAUGGACGGAAAGAAAGCAUGCGAACGUAUGAUCGAAGCUCUUGAACUCGAUCACAAUCUGUAUCGUGUCGGACAAUCCAAGAUAUUCUUCAGAGCGGGAGUCCUUGCGCAUCUGGAAGAGGAGAGGGACUACAAGAUCACCGACUUAAUAGUGAACUUCCAGGCUUUCUGCAGAGGAUACCUGGCGAGAAGAAACUACCAAAAGAGACUGCAGCAGCUCAACGCCAUCCGAAUCAUCCAGAGGAAUUGUGCUGCAUAUUUGAAGUUGAGAAACUGGCAGUGGUGGAGAUUGUACAUAAAGGUCAAACCAUUGCUCGAAGUUACGAAACAGGAGGAGAAGUUGACUCAGAAAGAAGACGAGCUCCGUCAGAUACGUGACAAGAUGGAAUCGCAGAUGGCUCGGUGUCAAGAGUAUGAGGCCAAAUUCCAACAGGCCAGCGCUGAGAAGACCCAACUCGCAGAACAACUGCAGGCGGAAUUAGAACUAUGUGCUGAGGCCGAAGAAAGUAGAGCGCGUGCCGCAGCCAGAAAACAGGAGUUGGAAGAGCUGCUGCACGAUUUGGAAGGUCGGAUCGAAGAAGAGGAGGAGCGGUGUAACUCUCUUCAGCAGGAGAAGAAGCGGUUGCAGCUCAAUAUACAGGAUCUGGAAGAGCAGUUAGAAGAAGAAGAAGGCGCUCGUCAGAAAUUGCAACUGGAGCGAGUGCAGUGCGAUGCCAAACUUAAGAAGUUGGAAGAGGAACUCGCUCUCACAGAGGACACCAACCAGAAACUCUCCAAGGAAAAGAAGUUACUGGAAGAGCGUGCCAACGACCUGUCUCAAGCCUUAGCAGAGGAAGAGGAGAAGGCGAAACAUUUGAGCAAACUCAAGACGAAACAAGAGUCGGCCAUCGCCGAAUUAGAAGAGAAACUUCUUAAGGAUCAUCAAAUGAGACAAGAAGUAGAGAGAGCCAAGCGGAAGAUAGAGACUGAGUUGCAAGAUGUGAAGGAGCAGCUCGUCGAGAAGAAGGCGCAGAUUGAAGAGUUGCAAAUUGUACUCACAAAACGUGAAGAGGAACUAGCAGCGGCUAUCAGUCGCGCAGAUGAGGAGGGUGCCCUACGUGCGUCCGCGCAGAAAGGGGCGAGGGAAGCCGAGGCGGCCCUCGCGGAGGCUCACGACGACCUGGAAGCCGAGAGGAAUGCACGAACUAAGGCGGAGAAGUUGCGUAGGGACCUCAACGAGGAGCUGGAGGCACUUAAGAGCGAGCUGUUGGACUCACUCGAUACGACUGCUGCCCAACAAGAGCUCCGUUCGAAGCGCGAGCAGGAGGUGGCAGUUCUGAAGCGAAGCCUGGAAGAAGAGGCUUCCUCUCACGAAGCGACCAUCGCGGAACAGAGGCACAAGCACUCGCAGGAGCUGCAGUUGCUCAACGAACAGCACGAGCAGAUGAAGAAGACCAAAGCUGCUCUCGAAAAAGCCAAGCAGCAACUGGAAGCCGAGAACGCAGAUCUCGCGACGGAGCUGAAAAGCGCGAGUGCCGCUCGGGCAGAUGGAGAAAGACGCAGGAAGCAAACCGAAGCUCAGCUUCAGGAACUCGUCGCCAAGCUGCAAGAGGUGGAGAGGACAAGGUCUGAAGUAUCAGAGAAAUGCAUCCGACUCCAGAGCGAAGCUGAACAAGCUCUGCAACAGCUGGAACAGGCAGAGUUGAAGGCUUCGGCCGCUGCGAAACAUGCUGCGACCGCUGGGGCACAGCACGCCGAGGCACAGGCUCUCUUAGAAGAAGAGACGAAGCAGAAGUUAGCUCUUCAAACCCGUCUGCGCAACGUUGAGCAACAGCUAGAGCAAGCCAGAGACCAGCUGGAGGAAGAGGAAGAGGCCAAGAGAAACUUUGAGAAGCAGGUGGUAGGAUUGACCCAGCAAGUUGCAGACGCUAAGAAGAAGGCGGAAGAGGAGGCGGAGGUGGCGGCGGCACUCGAGGAGCAGCGCAAGAAGCUCAGCAAGGACAUGGAAGCUCUGCACAGGCAGCUGGAUGAGUUGCGACAGGCCAACGACAAGCUGGACAAGAGUAAAAAGAAGAUCCAAGCUGAGUUGGAAGACACGAACAUAGAUCUCGAGGCGCAACGAGCCAAGGUGCUGGAGCUGGAGAAGAAACAGAAGAGCUUCGAUAAGGUUGUGGCGGAGGAGCGUAGCGUAGCGGAGCGUUACGCAGCGGAGCGUGAUGCGGCCGAAAGGGACGCACGAGACAAGGAGACCCGCGUGCUCAGUCUCACUAGGGAACUCGACGAUGCCGCUGAGAAGAUUGAAGAGUUAGAACGCUCCAAACGUCUCCUACAAUCUGAGUUGGACGAACUGGCGAACACCCAGGGCACGGCUGACAAGAACGUACACGAACUGGAGAAGGCCAAGCGUGCGUUGGAGUCUCAGCUGGCGGAACUAAAGGCGCAGAAUGAGGAGAUAGAAGACGAUUUGCAACUCACAGAAGAUGCCAAGUUGCGUCUAGAAGUUAACAUGCAAGCUAUGAGAACGCAGUUUGAAAGGGAUUUACAGGCGAAAGAAGAACAAGGCGAAGAGAAACGUCGGGGCAUCGUGAAGCAGCUCCGCGAUUUGGAAGCUGAGCUCGAAGAGGAACGCAAGCAAAGGGCCGCUUCGCUUGCGCAUCGCAAGAAACUCGAGGGCGACCUCAAGGACGCCGAGCAAGCGCUUCAUCUGGCUAACAAGGUGAAAGAGGACGCCGUAAAACAAACGAAGAAGCUAACAGUCCAGCUCAAAGAAGCUGUCCGCGAGGCGGAGGAGGCUCGCGCCGGUCGCGAAGAAAGCGCCGGUCAGGCGCGCGAGGCCGAGCGACGAGUGAAGGCGCUCGAGGCCGAAGCUCUCCAGCACGCGGAGGAGUUGGCCGCGGCCGAGAGGGCGCGGAGACACGCCGAGUGCGAGAGGGACGACCGGGACGACGAGCUCACCGCUGCCGCCGCGAAGGUGACGCUGCUAGUCGACGAAAAGAAACGCCUCGAAGCCAGAAUUGCAGCACUCGAAGAGGAUCUCGACGAGGAACAGUCCAACAAUGAGAUACUCAAUGACAGACUUAGGAAAUCACAGAACCAAAUCGAGCAGUUGACGAUGGAGUUGGGCACCGAAAAGUCUGCCACGCAGAAGCUGGAAAGCGGCAAGCUGGUGCUGGAAAGGCAAAACAAGGAGCUCAAGGCCAAGCUGGCCGAACUCGAGACUGCUGGACGCGCCAAGACUAAGGGCGUGAUUACCUCCCUCGAGCUGAAGGUUGUGAAUCUAGAAGAGCAACUGGAAGCAGAGAGCCGCGAGCGAUUGGCCCAGCAAAAGGCAUCCCGGAAACUGGACAAAAAGAUGAAGGAGCUGGCGCUGCAGCUGGACGAAGAAAGGAGACACGCUGACCAAUACAAGGAGCAGAUCGAGAAGAUGAACAACCGCGUAAAGGCUCUGAAGCGUCAACUGGACGAGUCCGAAGAGGAAGUGCAGCGUGAGAAAGUCGGCAAACGAAAAGCUCAACGCGAGUAUGAGGACCUGCUGGAGACCCACGAGACCCUCGCCAGGGAGUGCACCAAUCUGCGGAACAAGCUCAGAAGGCAAGGCGGUGGCGCCAUCGGCCUGUCGGGCGCGUCUUCGUCGACUCGCGUUAAGAGGUCCUCUCUGGCGCCGGGCCACGCCUCCGGAGACGAAUCGUUCGAUGACGUGAACGACACGGCCAACAGCCUCGAGUAAACGAGCGAGCUCGGACGAGCGGCAUCUCUGUACCCUUAUGUUACUGUUUCAAAUUAAAUCGUUUUGGAGAAAGACGAGUCUUUGACAAAGUUAUAAGCUUAAAAGCGUAGUCUGUUUGAUGUUAGGUUAGUUUCGAAAUUAUUUUUUGUUCGCUCGUCCGUACCCAAAUUGUAUCAAAAACGUAUCUUUAAGCGAAACCGGGAGCCUCUGUAUCCGCGAUUGAAAUUGCCCGUCGCGUGUCAGUCGCUUGCAGAUUACUAUUUAAUCGAGUAGUUUUGAUGACAAGCGAAAUUGUGUCCUGUACAUUGUUUUAUAUGAAGAGCGAUGACAAUUGUGUAUACAUGAGGUUUUGACAACUCUGCGUUAGAUUUGAAAAUUUUGUAAACCCCAAACUUGUUUGAUCGUGACCUGGUGCUCAAUUUUUUAACUCUUAGAAGUAAUUCAGGGUUGCCAUAGAUGAAACGGUAUUUUUGAAUAAUAUUAUACGACUAUUACAAUUUCUAUUAAAAAUUAGCCGAUUCGGUUCACCCCUACCAGUAUUAAUAUCGAGACAUUCCUAAAGUAUCGAGUUCCAUCGCUUCGACCUGGUCGAGCGUCGGUUGUUACUGCGUGAUAUUGUAGCUUUACCGCGGAACUGAGUUACUAAGCGCCGUUUUCUUCUCAAUCGAAACCUCUCUUAUUUAUA